UCGUGGGUGAUGGUGAAACUUUGCAUGCAAAAUAUCUUAAAGUUAUUCAAGUGUUGAGAUUUGUAUAUUAAAAAAUGAACCCAAAAUUUCUGCUUCUUACCUUAACGCAACUCAUAUUUUGCGUGACUAUGUGUCAAUUAAUUCCAACAAUACCCACAAAGCAGGAUGAGUUAUUUUCAAAAUUUUGGAAAAGUGCAGCACUUCAAAAAUACAAGAAAACAUUGGUCCAAUUGGAGGACGAGGAUACAAAGCCGGCCCAACUAGAAAUACCCGAUGUCAAGUUCAUCAUGGAAUAUCGAAAUUCUCUGGAAAAGUCAGAAGACCGUGCCGGAAGACAAUAUCACCAACCUGGUCCGUGCAUGAGGGAUCCUUGGCAUAAUCUAAUUGACAAAUUCCUGCUCAGCUACUACAUCGCGCAUCAGUACGGGGUUGGCUGCAUCAGCAUCCCAACGGAUCGAGUCCACAGGGACAAAGCGGCGAUUCGUACGGUAAUCCGGAUUAUGAUAGACCGAUGCCACCUAGGCCAGGGAAACCAAACUACGGGAAUUACGUCUCAAAACCGUAUUAUCCUUGACCUAAUGUCCUUAACCUACUGGAACCGGACAACAACGCAGAAUCAUUUUCUCACAAUUAGUUUAGCAAGACUUGUUUGGCCUGAGACUCAAAAAAUCAAGCAAAAAUUACUUGACUGGGCUGCUACACUUCCCGAUGAGAAACCAUCCCAAAGAUUAGGAUUUAUUAAAGACUUCAUUGGGCUCUGCACUCAAGAUGAACUUCGGCGAUUAAAAAAAAUGGUUCAAUUGACAAAACGAAGGAAUGCUAAAGAUUCUAAGUUCUCGAAGACUAAACCCGUGUCUGCGUCAAAAGGAAGCGGACAAGCCACAGAUGCGGUCAACUCAUCGCCAGAUGCAGCCAUCCCAUCUGUGGCAUCCAAGACACCGUGGUGGGAUGAGUAUGAGGAGAAAGACAUCAUUGCAUUCGACACGGAAAUGGUCACGAAACCGCAACACUCGCCAAACGGAGAAUAUAAGCAGCAGUGGCUUCCGUUGAUGUUCUAACCGGAUUCAAGAGAAAUUCCUUCGAAAAUAAAACAUUACCAACCGAAGAAUCAGUUCGGAGAAGGAUGGAUGAGCUACUUCAAGGAAAGCUAGUCAUCACAGUGGGAGGAGAAAGGGACUACAGAGCUUUGAGGUUGGACAAGGCAGAUUAUGACACAUUUGACCUGCAGGAGCAUUUUUUCGUACAGAAACAAAACGAGCACGGUAUUAGGGAAAACCACAGUUUGAGAUCGGAAAUGCUGAAAUGACAAUGGAUCUUUUCAAGAUUUAUAAGAAAGUGAAAAUAGAAGAUGACAAAGAAAAUUGUGACAAAAGAUUCAGUGGUACAAAGCCGUAUAACUUAAUUCCUGUAAUUCCAAGUUCAUUAAAACGAAAAGAAUAAAUGUUUCUGUUGUGCUUAUGACACAAAUAAGCACAACCUGAAUAUGAAGCCAACAAACCACAAUUGUCGGUAAACUCUCCUUGAGCUAACGAUGACGGUGAAUGAAAGUGCACAAUUAAUUAAUCUCCAGGUCAAAAUUUGAUUUUGUACACACAAUGAAUUUAUCGUUGAUUUUUAUUCCACAAACAGGUGGGCAGAGUGGAAUUGAGUCAAGAAGAGAACAUUUCCGCCACCGUGAUUUCAACUAUGUUCAUAGAUGGCAGUUUUAUUGUAAAUGUCCAAAAUGUCAAUGCCAAAAUGUCAUGACAUGUCAUGACAUUUUGACAAAUUCACAAAAAUUAAUUUUUAAUUAACUUAAAUUAAUUAAAUUGUUUUCAAAUUCGACAAGAAAAUGGAAAAAGAACCACAUGAGGGAAUGGAGCUAACGUUCGAUGAUUACAAGACUGAGAAACAUUGAAAAACUAGUUUUUCUUCGGUCGCCUAGACAUACAAACAACUGGACCUGUCGUCACCCAAUUUUUUACUUGUACGUACACAUGCACACAUACAUAUAAUUAGUGAUAUGCAUCUCAACAGGUAGACAAUACAAACUUCAACCUUCUUAAUUAUAAAGUUCAUCUUGAUAAGCUAGUAAAUGCAGGCUCUUCAGGUACUAUUAAACUCAGUUAGUCACCCAACAUUUUAAGGUUCAGGUCGCAACAAUACAUAUUGAAAUAUUUCGCAGUCAUUUACUGAAAUACAUAUACGUUAUUAUAAGUAUUCACUAACACCCGAGUGUCUGUUUCACAUAAUGUUGGCACACUGGUGGUCAAAAUUAGUUCAGAUUGUUUAUACGUUAAUUUGUUGAGUUUGUAUGUACUCUAAAAUUAUUGUUGCGGGUCACCUCAUUUGCAUGUAUCUCACGAUGCCCAUCUCGACGAUACGGGGAUCUACAAUGUUAAGUAAACCUUUUGUCUCACUCGAAUGCGUCAAAAUAUGCAAAUAAGGUGACUAGUCGAAAAAAUUCUAGAGUACGUUACAUUCCCAGAUGAAUUUAAAUUUUUAAUAGGGCCGGUUUUGGUUUAGCAGGGAUUUUUGUGACAUUACGUAUGGUUUUAUGCACAUACAUAAAUACAUACAUAUAUGUUAGCAAGUAUUAAGUAAACUAGUAGUUUAAGUUUCAAGCAGAAACUUGCAGCACAAUACGCUAUCUAUCAAGUGUGCCUUUGCGUGUGUGAAAAAAACAUUCAGGUGUUGGGAUUUGCUUGUUUUAAAAAAUGUAUCAAAGAUUAUUGGUAUCUGUAAAUAUCAUACUUCGACAGAUAAUAGUUGGUCAAGUGAUCAGAUUACAGACUACCUCAAUCUUUAGUUACUAAAUAUGCAUAUUCAUGCCGACGCUCAAUCGCAUUAAGCUGAGCAGGAAAUGCAUGUACAUCAAUUCUGAUCUGCAUCUGUAAAAACGCGUACCUGACGCUACAAGAAGAGUCUGUUGGUAGCAACUCGUCUUAAUACAUACAUAAGUUCGGUCACAACAAGGUCUAGACUUUAAUAUGAGCUCUGCCGUGUCCCAGUUUGUAAAUUGUACAUAUAAUUGUCAUCAAAUGUUGGACAUUGCAACAGUUGAAAGUCUGGAUUAUUUAAACGUUUAGUUUGUUGAGUUUGGUAGUAUAUUACAUUCACAGAUGAAUUUAAAUAUGUAAUUGGACCGGUUUUAGAGCUAGAUUAGCAUUGUGCUCCCUUUUGGAGGGGUGUGGCUGGCGCAAAUAAGAUAAAACCUUCUUUCACUUUUUGUACACCCACCCAGGACAACAUCAUAUGCAAAGGGCAUCAAAAUCCCACAAUGCACGGACCGUGGCAUUCCUUCCUUAGUUUCCCGCGAAGCGUCGUUUUGUUUAGACCACUGCUUUUCUGACUGACCCACUUCACCUCUCCCACAUAUUUAUGUAUAUCAACUGAAUAAUGAUAAGUCGAAUUUUCUAGUUGAGAUUUUGUUUAGUUUAGUUUACUGAAUACUUUCACACCAAAAAUUACUAGCUACAUACAUAAUAUGCGUUUCAUCAAAUUUGUCUUUCAUGUAAAAUAUGGACAUCAAGCAGCGUAGGUGGCGGAACUGAAUACCUUUAUGUUAAGUCAUGUAUGUAUGCACAGGUGUUGGCCAUUCUAUUUUCGAGAUACUAAACUUAAGUUCACGUUUAAUGGCGCAGCAUUCAAACUGAGCUUCAACCCGCCUCCAAUGUUAUGCUAAUCAAAUGGAGAUGAGAUUUUUACGGGAGAAAUGUCUUCCACGUUAAAUAAGAAAUUUUGUAGUUUAAUUGGAAGUAAUUCAAAGUUUUUGUCCUCGAAUAUUUAGUUAAAAGAUCAAGGGAUCGUGCAGGGAGGCAAUAUCUGCAGUCCGGUCAGUGCCAAUGGGAUUUUUGGCAUCGCCAAAUUGACGCCUUCCUGCUCAGCUACUACGUCGCGCAUCAAUACAGGGUUGGCUGGUAUGGUGGAGGAUUUGACCGGAAGUCAACUGAUGAACCCAUUUGUCCCCCCAUUAUUGAGCAACUUGGUGGAUGUCUUUAGCAUUUGCUCUUUUGAAAUUUAUGACUCCACCUGACAUUCAUUGUAGGGUAUGAAUGUUGACUGUUAAUUUAUAUCAAUAACUAUAAUAAACAAUAAUUUAAUAAUAAUAUAUUUAUUAUUGAAUCUCUUGAAUAAAUCGGAUUAUUAUUUAAAAUAA